GAUUCAUUCAGCCAGUCGGCGUUUGUGUGUCAGUGAGUGUAGACGUCGCUUAAAUAACGUAUGUGUACGUCAUUUAAUAUUGCUUUUCGGAAUUUGUUUUAUCUUCAACAAAAAGGAAUAUAAUUCAAAUUGUAGAGAGCGCUGGUGCGCAGAAAUGGCGGCGACAAAAUACUCACAUCCUUUCCUCAAUGGACUGAAGCCGAUAGUAGAAGGCCACGACGAAGAAAUACAACAAAUUAAGGAGUGGAUGAAGGGCCAACCUCAUUUGCCGUACAUUUCCGACGAGUACGUGUUAUUGUUUCUCCACUCAAAUUACUUCAAAGUGAAAGAGACAAAAGAUACAAUUGAAUGCUACUUCACGCUGCGCAACAAUACACCAGACCUCUUCAGCAAUAGGGAUCCGUUGGCGCCAAAGAACAAAACCGUUCUGGAUAUCACGCAUAUGGUGGCUCUACCGAAGCAGACGGAGGAAGGUUACCACGUCCUUCUGUAUCGGCUGUCAGAUCUAGACUAUAGCAAGCUGAAUUUCGCGGACGCUGUUCGUGUGUUCUGCAUGUUCAAUGAUGUGAAGUUGUCCGAGGAUCGGCUCUCGGAAGGCUACGUAGUGAUCUUUGACAUGAAAGGCUGCAAUCUAGGACAUCUAACGAGGGUUACCUUACCCGCCUUGAGAGCUUUUAUGCAUUACAUUCAAAGUGCUCAUCCUUGUCGAUUGAAGAAGAUCCACGUGGUGCAUACUGUGUCGUUCAUCAACCAAGUGAUGUAUCUCAUCAAACCAUUGAUACAUUCCAAUCUUCUAGACCUUCUAAACUUUACUUCUGAAGGACCAGAAGCGAUUGUUGAUAAAGAACUUUUGCCAGAAGACUAUGGUGGCCCAGCUCCCCCGGUGAAGCAAUUACACGAAGAACAGAGAAGGAAUAUGGAGGAGAACUAUAGAGAAUGGUUGAUAGAGUCGGAGAUCUUCAAGGUUGACGAAAAGAAGAGAAUUAAGAAGCCAAGUAAGGGAAUGUUUGCCAGCUUUACGAGCAGUUUUAAAAGUCUAGAUAUUGAUUGACGAUUGGUUGAUUUUUUU